UGUUGUCUGUUCAGAGUCGCGUACAAAUGAAAUGCUUGAAAUGCACAAAAUCUCGCUACGAUCUGAUUUAAAAUGUUCGUUGUAACAAAGAAUACGACGCUAAAAGGUGGAUGGGUACUUCAGCAGUCAGUUCUUCUCUCCGUCCGAUUCUCUCCAAGGGCGGGGCGGCGCUCCAUCAGUUUAAUGUUGUCAGCACGUGGAUAGUUGUGUCCCGGGCGGGCAGGGCGCGCGGUGUCUCGCUCGGGUGGAGAGUGCGCGAGGAUGCUGAGAGAGACGCCCGUGAGAGGACGAACAGGUCGCACGGAUGUAAGAGACGGUGAUGGUUACUUCAAACUCACUACGGGAUGGGUCUCUUCUUAAAAGCCGCAAACAAAUGAGCCAUAAGAGGAAUUGCGCGGAAAAGAAAAAGACGCGAACGGGAUUAAAAUAAUAAUAACACAAUGUAAGAAGAAACAGAGACGGACCUCCAAAUAACUUAUAGUGAUACGCGCGUGGACGAUUUAUUGGACAGCAGACCUUUUUCUAAAUCAGUAUGCAUAACUUAAGCUUUGCAAGUGAAUCGGACUCUUACAAGGACAUUGAUUUUACAUCCUCUGGGAAUUCUACAAGUCGCUAUUCCCCGGCCACCAUUAUAGGGCUCGCGGGGCUGGUGAGCUUCCUCAUCUUGUUUACAAUAGUGGGGAAUGUGCUGGUCGUUAUCGCCGUUUUAACGAGCAGAGCGCUCAAGCCACCACAAAACCUUUUUCUCGUGUCUCUGGCCAGUGCGGACAUUCUGGUGGCCACCCUGAUCAUCCCUUUCUCUCUGGCCAAUGAAUUAAUGGGCUACUGGUUUUUUGGGAAAGUUUGGUGUGAUAUAUAUCUAGCACUAGAUGUUCUUUUCUGCACAUCUUCUAUUGUCCAUCUCUGUGCCAUAAGUCUGGACAGGUAUUGGUCUGUAACAAAGGCGGUCGAGUAUAACUUAAAGCGGACACCUCGCAGGGUAAAGGGCAUGAUUGUGGUGGUAUGGUUGAUCGCGGCUGUGAUCUCCUUCCCACCGCUCAUCUCCAUGAACCGGAAUAAUGAGGGUGACAGGAGCGAACCACAAUGCCAGCUUAAUGAUCACACGUGGUACAUCCUGUACUCCAGCAUCGGGUCAUUCUUUGCCCCAUGUGUCAUCAUGAUCCUUGUUUACAUCCGAAUCUACCAGGUGGCUAAGACAAGAACCCGGAAUAUGUCGGAAAAGCGGCGUGAUCCGGAUGGAGGAUCGGGAACGCCACGUCUGGAGAACGGUUUGAGUCGUGAGGACUCCAGGCAGGAAAACGGGCACUGUGCCUCGCCACCACCAGGGGAACGCAAACCAGGCGAGGAUGACCCAGAUGCCGAACUGGAGGACAGCAGCUCGUCUGAUGAGAAGGCCAAACGGACACAAAACGAUACGGUCCCCUCGAGAAAAGAUCGCCGAUCCAGCCGCAAGAACAGCUCCAGUUCCAAGCAUUCCAGCCGGAAGUCCCGAGCCAGCAGCAAGUCCCUAGACUUAUUUUCCUCCCAUAGAAAAAGGAGGAACACCAUUUCGAGAAAAAAAAUUUCCCAGGCACGUGAGAAGCGGUUCACUUUUGUGCUGGCGGUGGUCAUGGGGGUGUUUGUGGUCUGCUGGUUUCCGUUCUUCUUCAGCUACAGCCUGCAUGGGAUCUGCCGGGAGCCCUGCACCAUCCAUGAAACCCUUUUCAAGUUUUUCUUCUGGAUCGGUUACUGCAACAGCUCCCUCAACCCCGUCAUCUACACUAUAUUCAAUCAGGACUUCCGGCGAGCUUUUCAGAAGAUCCUGUGCAAGUCCUGGAAGAGGUCUUUUUAGAGAACACUGGCAGUAUCCAGGGCCAUUUACAGGUGAUUGAUAAAGAGGCAUUUUCAAAAACACCACUGCCUCUCUCUCUUUGCAUUGACAAUCUGUACACAACAACACUGAUAUAUUUUUCUUACUUUGUUGUGUAAUGCUCUUCAUGAGUCUGUGAGGACAACAAAUGCUGGUCACAUAGGUGGUUCCAAAAGCUAAAAUGCUUAAAAACAAAAAUACACCAGAACUGGGAAGCUCUGUACUGCAUUAGAAGAAACAGACUCAUCUUUAUUAUGGCUGCAGGCCCUCUGAAGUUAUCAAGAUAUAUUUUUAUGAUGAGUUUGCACAUAUGGCUUGUUUCAUUGUGACUGAAGAGCUAUGUGACAUGAAAAGCUGUCUACUUAUGGUGACAAAAAAAAAAAAAGAUGAAUUAGCAAAAAAUGUGCUGUUUAUUUCCAGCUGAGAGAUAUGAAACGGACAUUGUUGGUUAGAGAGCAUGAGAAGGUUGACACCAUAUGACAGAUGGAAGAAGAGUGUUGCCCUGAUGUGCUUGGGUAUUGUCCUGACUGAGCUCUAUUACAAACUGUUAUAAAUGUCCUUCAGUGAAAUUAAUCACUAUACUGCUGCUCUCUAUAACAUGCCAUAAAAAAAGUAUACAGAAGAGGUACUUACUGAACUAGACAAGAAACACUGUAAGUGGUUUUCAGUGAUGAUGAUAAAUGAUACAUUUAUUUAUAAACAGGCUUAAUUUAUCAGAUUAUAAACUAUUUAAGUUUUGUGGCUAUGCUUGUACAGUGUAUCCCAUUUGUUCAAAAUAUCAUAGUGAUAUAAUGCAAAGUAUGAUAUAUAAGGCUGCUGUAAAUUUUAAAGAGCAUUUUUUUUUUCUUUUGUUGUUUUUGUAUAUUGCGAAACAUCUGUCUUUAUGGAUGUUGGGCUUCUCUCCUUUUCUAUUCCAUAUACUUGUGAUAUCUCCAAAAUGACUGACAGGUCAAUACAAGCACAGCUGAUGAUCAAACAAAA